AUGGCGGCGCGCCGCGGUGGUGUAAACUCCACCGCGGCGCUGCCAGCGUCGACGGCGGCGUCCAACGGCUCGCUCCAGUACACCUGCUACCUGUGCCACAAGCGCAAGAGCCUGAUGAUCAAGCGGUGCCCCAUCGCAAAGGACGGCUGCCACGUCGCCUGCGUGACGCUGCCGACCCCUUGCACGCGCUCCCCUCCGCCUCCGGUGACCGCCCUCGGCGGCAGUGGCAGGGACGCCGCCGACUGCUACGUCAUGAAGGUGCACCCCGACGGCAGCUGGGUCGUCGUCGACAUGGUCAGCUGCCGGAAGGCCGCCCCGGCGUGCUACCUCACGUGCAAAGACGGCGAUGAGCCUGGCCAGGACGGGGCCGCCGGGACCACCCCGGCAGCGCCGAGGGCCGCGCUGCCAUCCCUCCUGGCUGACUUCGAGCGGUGCGGCGACCAUGCCACAGCACAGGGCGCCGCCGUCCCAGCCAUUUAG